CAAGAGCCCUUCACUGAAACCUGCCACCAUGCUGGGGCUGCUGCUGCUGCAGGUGUUGGCCAGCUGCCUCUGGCUGGGACACAGCGAGGUGGUGGACUCCUUUGACAGCUGUCCUCAGUUCUUCUAUUCGGGGACGUUUCCAAAUGAUGCCCUGAACCCAAAUAACUCAGCCCGGAUCUGUCAGCGCUUCAGGAACUCGUAUCACUAUGCCACCCUGUAUGACAGAGACAGGAGAAUUCCAGUGUACUCUGCUUACAAAUAUGAACCUGGAGAUGCCAAGAGACCUCCAGAGUGGUGGAUGGUUGAGCCUCAGCUCAUAGAUAAAAAUAGUCUUCCAGACAUGGAAAGGGAUUGGAUCCUCAUAGAACAAAAAAAGUUCACCUUAGACCAAAUCAAAAAGAGCCAGGCUAUCCUUAACGACUACGAAGGACUGAAGGAUUUGGACAUUGGCCAUUUGAGCCCCAGUGGCCAUCACUUCAGUAGAGAGAGCAAGAGGGCUUCCUUCACUUUCUCCAACGUAGUGCCCCUGAACAGCACUCUCAACAAUGGCAAGUGGAAUGCUUACGAGCAUAAAACAAUGCCAAAAAUGACCAAGCGCUGUAAAACCACCUACGUGAUCACGGGUGCUGUGCCUGGGAACACCUUUGUAUCUGAAGAGAGGGUGAACAGACCCAGCCACAUCUGGUCAGCUGCCUGCUGUAUGUUGGACAGAAAGCCCCCAAAGGCUUGGGGGGCCAUUGCUGAAAAUGACAAAAACCACGUGGAGGAGCUCAGCCUGGGGGAGCUGGAGGAGAGGUUGACUGAGCUCUAUGGUGGAACGGUUACUCUGUUCAACAAUGCAUGUCCCCGGAAAAAGCCUCGCAUAAUCAUUAGAAUAACCUCGGGGGCUUUUCCCACAUAUUAUAGAAUCAAAAAAUCACAGAGUGGGUUGGUUUGGAUGGGACCUUAAAGCCUUAAAAUCAUCUCAUUCUCAACUGCCAGCCAUGGGCAGGGACACCUUCCACUACACCAGCUUGUUCCAAGCCCUCCCCAGCCUGGCCUUGAACCCCUCCAGGGAUGGGGCAGUCAAACAGCUCUGGGUAACUUUUACUCGUACCACAGCCUGCUCACUGUAAUUUACUGCUUUAUAAUAUCCCAUCUAACCCUGCCCUCGAUCAGGGUGAAACCAUUCCCUCCUGUCCUCUCACUCCAUACUCUUGUCCAAAGACCCUCUCCAGCCCUCUUGCAGAUCCCUGAGGUACUGCACUCUCAGCAGUCUUCUCCAGGCUGAACAUCCCCAGCUCUCUCACCCUCACUCCAGAGAAAACAUGCUCCCACCCUUGGAGCACCUUCAUGGCCUCCAUUGAACUCCACUCCAACAGCUUUGGAUCCUUCUUGUGCUGUGGGUCCAGAGCUGGAGGCAGCACUGCAGGUGGGGUCUGAGCAGAGCAGAGGAGAGGGGGACAAAUGUCCUGGUCAGAGCCUGUGCUGCUUCCUUCUCUGGUGUGUUUCCAGCUCUGUCCCUCAGGGCACCUCCUGCUCUGCUCAAAGGCACAAAGAUGUGGGCAGAGCCUCCAGCUGCUUUGCUUUGCUGCCCAUGUCAGGAGAGAGCUCUGAGGAACGAGUCCUCUCCUCCUCAG